AAAUUCAAUUUAAAAAAAAAAAAAAUCCAUGGCUGCAGGAAACUACAGUUGCUAGUGCAAGUAGUGCUACAUCAAUUCAAAGCGAAAAUGGCAGUGGACGCCAACUUUGCUUCCUUGUUGGACAAUCUGAAGGUCGAAGAUCCAUGGCUUCCUCCUACAACUUGGGAGUCCAUUCCUUCUCAAAAUGGCGCUCGUGUCUCCUCUUCUCUUCCCCCAAAUUCCUCUCCUCCACAACCGCCCCUACAUCGGCCAUCCUCCGUCUCCGAGGCAAGUUUAGUGAGAUUAGCGUUGAACGCACUGCAAGGGAUGCAAUCAGCUCUUCUUAGUAUCGAAAACCUUUCUGCUGCAUUUUGUUCUGAUCCUGCUGAUAGGUCCUACCAUCAAAUUCCUAGUCUAUGGAACCGGUCUUCAAGCACUCAUGCAUUGGGAAAGAUUCUCAAUUCCAUAGGCUGCUUGGGUUCUCUGGUAUUUCUUCUCCGUAAAUUUGUAGAUAAUUUUAUGUAUAUGAAUGUGGAUGUGCGUUCAUCAGGAAAUGGGUAUGAACAUUCUGAAUCAGUAUGUGAAAGCCAAAAUGACAGUAAUGUGCAAAAGCAAGAGCAUCUUUCUUACAGUCUAGUUAAUCAGGCAUUUGCUGUAGCUGUAGGAAAGGUAUUAGAUGGGUACAUAUGCUCUCUGAAUACAGUAUAUGCAUCGGCAAGAUUGAGGCGUUCGUCAAAAAUUGUUGAUGUGGCUUUGCAAGAGUCUUAUGAGGAAGCAUGCCUCACAAGCAUAGUGCAUUCUAAAGUUACGCUAUUGGAGGUGUAUAUGCACACAAAGGAAUUGAGGACUCGGAUUGAAGCUCUUGGAAACAUAUGUAACCUGUAUAAUAUAGCACUUUCCUUCUCAGUGAUUUCUCUAGAGGAGUUAACUGCUAAAGCGGUCUUGGAGUUUUCUAACUUCUACAGAGGAGGAUAUCUUCUUACAUACUUAUAUAUGCAACUAAAGGUUGCUGAUCCUGCUCACCAUGCUCUACUCAAGUUCCUCUUUCUUCGCUCAUGCGAACCAUAUUGCGAAUUUAUAAGAUCAUGGAUAUUUAGGGCUGAGACUAGUGAUCCAUAUAAGGAGUUCAUAGUAGAACGCAUUGAUAAUCCACCGGCUGAUCUCCAUUGUAAUGCUGGCGUCCCUUUUGAUUUCCCAUCAGCGAGUGUUAGGGAUGGAGUUGCUGUUCCUUGCUUUCUGAAGGACUUUCUGAUUCCAGUUAUCAGGGCUGGUCAGCAGCUUCAAGUACUAAAGAAGUUGCUUGAAUUAUGCAAUUAUGGUGGCCCUGGUGACUAUACUUACGAGGAUUUUCUUCCCAUUUGCAGUGGAUAUUUAAGUGAUGAUUUGUUUUGUGCAUCUCCAAUGACUUUCAGCAAAGGACAUUUAGAAGCUAUGGUAACUGCAAGGAACAACCAUUACAGAAAAUUGUUGGAAAAACUUGAAAAUCUGUUGACAAAGUUGGAGUUUAGAUAUCAGCAGGUAGUUCCACAUGGUGCUAUGCCUAUCUUUGUUGACAGCAGUGGAGGGAGUUUAAAGAGUGAAGUUUCAUUCACUUUGAAUGAUGGGUUGAUUGUCCCUUCAACAGCUAACAAAUGCAGCUCAAAUGUGGCUGCUGAUAAAACAGGUUCUAAUCACUCUAAUACAAGAGAUGAAUUCUAUUGGUUGGAUACAUCUGAUGUGUCUGAGUGUUCGUCUUUAAGUGGUUCUGAAGAGCAUGUUGAUGCUGAGCAACUGUCUGAGCAUCCUAAUAGCUUGGUAGGGCAGGAACAAAGAUAUUUAUCUUCAUUAAGGUUUUCCAUAAGUAUCCCCAUUGACAAUACAUUGCAAAAGAAUCCUCAAAGUGAAAUGUCACGUGAUUUAGAAAGCAAUUUGCCUCAAGAUUGUCUAAAGAAUUAUGCUCUUAGCUACUUUGUGCAAUCCUAUCAUAAUAAAAAAACUUUCAGUCACAUGUUUGUGCCACCAGGUUUGAGGGAGUCAAACUUGCCGAGGAUGUCUGAUAGUCAAUAUACAGAUUGGUUAACAAAUAAAUGCUGGUCAAUUGACUUUCCAAAUAUUUUAUUUUGUGAUGAUGAAGGGUAUAGAUCUUACUGGAGGUUACACCAAUGGAACUCGGCCCUAGAAGUGAAUAAAGAAGAUAUGGAAUCCAUAAAUGAAGGUCUACCAUAUUUUAGCAAAAUGACUUCUACGAUGGAUGUUUCAAUAGAGUCGUUGGGUGAGGAUCAAAUUGCAAAUGGCUUUCAUACUUCAAAUUCAUCUGCAUUGCAGCCGUGGAAGGAUAAUUACCACAGCAGUUUUUUCAGUAGAAACCCAAUGCUGAGAAAAAAUGCAUUCUUUCACCCUACGAACAAACCUGGAAAGAAAUGCAGCACAGUGUAUGGACGGUCAUUACCUUGCUUUGACUUUUCAACUGUAGAAGUCCCUUGCAAUGUAUCUGUGGAGAAGCUAGCUGGCAGUUCAGGACAAGAAUUUGAGUCUCAGCUUCCUUCCCCUGAUCCCACUGGUAAGAGUCAUGACAAAGAUAAACAAGACUAUGGUGGAGAUAGUUUUUUGAUCGAUAAUGCCAGAAUGUCUUGUCCUUGCUCACCCUUAGACUCAAAGAAACAAGACCAAGAAGGUCAUAUUACAACAAAUCUUCUAGGUGGGAGGAAUUGGGAGAGUCUUCUUAGUAAUUAUAGUUUCACUGAAAAGGAAAGUGCUGGACAGCACAAGGAGGGCUUGUUGGCCAUGUUUCAGAUUCCACUUGAUAUCAUUAUUGACAAAUGCCUGCUGCAAGAAAUUUUGUUCCAGUACAAAUAUGUUAGUAAGUUAUCCAUCAAGCUGCUUGAAGGGUUUGAUUUAUAUGAACAUUUACUGGCACUGCGACGGUACUAUUUUAUGGAAGUAGCAGAUUGGACAGAUUUGUUUAUCAUGUCCCUUUGGCAUCAUAAAUGGUGUGCUUUGGAGGCAGAUCAGAGAGUUUCUGUGAUUCAAGGGUUCCUCGAGUUGUCAGUUCAGAGGUCUUCAUGUGAACGAGACCCUAAUAAGGAUCGGUUGUUUGUGUAUAUAAAGGGAAAUUCCGUGAUGCCUCUUUCAACAUCUGCAAUUGGAGUCCAUUCCUUCGAUUUUUUGGGUUUGGGUUAUCGAGUGGAUUGGCCAGUCAGUAUAGUUUUGACUCCCAGUGCAUUGAAAAUUUAUGCUGAUAUAUUCAAUUUUUUGAUUCAAGUGAAGCUUGCGGUUUUCUCUUUGACUGAUGUAUGGUCCUCAUUAAAGGAUUUGAUUCACUUUAUUAGUAAAAGGAGUCGCUCUGCAGCACAUGAAAGGGAAGUGAACCAAUUUAAUAUGUUGAUAAAGAUGAGGCACCAGGUCAAUCAUUUUAUCUCUACUUUACAACAGUAUGUGCAGUCACAAUUGUCUCACAUAUCUUGGUGCAGGUUUCUUCACAACCUAAAGUACAAGGUCAAAGACAUGAUGGAUCUGGAGUUAGUACACAUGGAAUAUCUAACUGAUUCGCUAAACAUAUGUUUUCUAUCCGAUGAAACACGGUCUGUAGCCAGCAUCAUAGAAAGCAUUUUGCAGUGUGCCUUGGACCUUCGGUCUUGUCUUACCACCAGCAUUUGGGAUGUGGGACUGUAUCAAGAAGACUCACUGGGUAAACUUUCUAGAAUCAACAUGUCCCAGGUGCUUUCCAUAAAGCAGAAGUUCAACAAAAAUCUGAAAGAAUUGCAUCUAUGUUACCUCAAGUCACCUAGACAUGGAAAGUUUGGGCUUUCUUGUUUCUGGGGUUAUCUCAACUACAAUCAGUAUUACACAGACAGUUAGAGCAAGGGAUUUUAUGUAUAUAGGAUCAUGGUGAUGAUCAUGAGCACGACCAUGGUGAUGCAUUUGGAGGCACCUGCAUUAUGUCAAAUGUGUAUUUAAUAAUUUAUUUUGUUCAAUUGGAUACAGUAUUUUUAUUUUUGUACAAUUAAGCUCUCUUGAGAAUUAAAUAAUGUAUAAAAAUGGCCUAGUGUUAAAAAAAAAAAAAAGACCUUUUAACAAAACUGCAAUUUAAUCAAAUUGUUUUAAUUUUGGCAA